CUGCGGGCUGGGCUCUGCCCUGGCCUCACUGAAGACAUGAUCCAGCUUCUCAGGGCCAAUGGCAUCAGGACAGGUGACAGGGUGACAUCCAGAUCUCAGGCUGGGGAACAUCAUCCCCUGUGCAUUUGGUGCACUUUUAUCAUCCCACAUCCUGGGAGGGUGGUGGUGGUGGAAUAUCCUUCUGUGUCCUCCUUGCUGGAUGUCUUCUGGGUCCUCCUGGGUGGAUACAGUGAAUAAAGACUUCUCCAAAGGAGCAGGAGAAUGUAAGGACAUGGUAAGAGAUCCCUGCAGAGGCUCAUUGAGGAUUGAUCCAUUCUGGAUUUUUUAUAGUUUUUCAGGAGGGUUUGUGCAGUUUUCCCUGUGAAAAUUGCCCAACUUCCUGGAAUGCUGCACUCUGGGCGUCUCUUGCUCUUAGAGGGGAAGGAAAAGAUGCUGGGCAGCUCUUGAGCAAAACAGAGCAAAAUUUUACCAGCUUCUCUCUCGAUCUGUUUUGCAAGAAAUUAUUUGUUCUGUGAUGAAUGAUGGGGCCAUCUCAGAGGACAAACUCCUCUACUUAGUAUUGACAGAGGGCACAGACACUUUCCUUGUCAGUGCAGAUUUUGUCUAGGCUGAUUGUCUUCUGGUGUUUGUGGUCUGACCAUGUUUGGCUUCCAUCCUCUUGUCCCUCAUGUUAUUUGCAGUGGUGGACUUUGUGUCUUCAGACCUGGAGGAUGUUGCCCAAAAGUGUUCUCUGUCUUACAAGGCACUGGUCGCAGUCAGACGUGUGCUCCUGGCCCAGUUCUCUGCCUUCCCUGCCAAUGGAGCAGACCUCUACGAGGAGCUCAAGAGCUCCACUGCCAUCCUGCCCACUGGCAGCCCAAGGUGUGCCUGGGCAUUGCAGCCAGUGUGUCCCUGGGCCUCAAGCAGCACGUCCUGUUUCUGGACUCCACUGGGGGUUUCACUGCCUCUCGUCUCUACCAGAUGCUCCAAGCCCAGACAGAGGAUGAGGAGGAGCAGCUGGAGGCUCUGCAGCGGAUCCAGGUGGUUCGUGUGUUCAGCAUCUAUGAGCUGCUGAGUGCCUUGCAGGAGCUGCGGGAUCGCCUCUCCCAGCAGGUCUUGAGCUCCACGGGACCUCUCAAGAUGGUGUUGCUGGACUCGGUGUCGGCUGUGAUUUACCCUCUGCUGGGUGGCAGGCAGUCGGAGGGUUUGGCCCUCAUGAUGCAGCUCUCCAGGGAGCUGAAGACCCUGGCCAGGGAGUUCAGCCUUGCUGUUGUGGUGACCAACCAGGUGACAAGGGACAGCAGCACUGGCCCACUGAAGCCAGCCCUGGGCCGCUCCUGGAGUUUUGUGCCCAGCACCCGGGUGCUGCUGGAGAGCAAAGAAGGCAGCACACAACGUGCUGCUUCCCUGGCAAAGUCACCUCGACAGCCAACAGGGAUCCAGGUGGAGCUGGACAUUGGGAAUGGUGACGUGUUGGAACCGAGCCUGGUGCCACCCACGCAGGGACUCUGAUGGGAUAGAAAAGCAAAUGUCACAAGGUUCAAGAGAGCUGCACAAAAGCAGGCAAGCACUGAAGGUUUUACAGACUGAGAGACUGAGAGUCCUGCAGCCCUGGGAAGGACCAACAUGAGAAAUCUCUUGUUCUUCUGCCCCGUGGAAAAACUGAGCGUGGGGCUCCCUGGAGACCUCUGUGCCCGGCAGAUGCUGCCUGCAGUGACUGGGCUGUGAGGGCAGCAGUCAGGUCCUGCUCUCUGCUGCAGGCUUGUCUGCAUCCCCUAGAGCCAGCCCUGUCCUCAGGGGUUGUUUGGCAUCAGCUGCCCUGUCCCUGCACAACCCCACAACCCCCGUGCUGGUUUUGUUCCCCCUGUGGCUCGCUGCCCUCUGGUCCUGGAGUUCUGAUCAUCCUUGGGCCCACAGUGGGCUUGGUUCAGAAAUAAAAGAAAAAAAGCUGUUGCAUAUUG